UGACUGCAACUCUCAACUUGUGACGGUAAUGACGAACAGUCGGUAACCGAAAUGUUGCCAGAUUCGGUGGAAAGACCCCGGCGGCUUCCAGUCAGCGCCAUAGCCUACCGGACACAGCUCCAAGAUGUCAAAAUGGCUGCCUGCUUCACCAUAAAGAACCCCCAAGACGCCGCCAUCUACGUCACGGGACUGUCUGCCAGCAACUCCUGGCCCUGCCCGAGACCACAGACCCACGGACCAACCCAGACACCGUCAACGCCUUCGCUUCAUACCCGGCGACACUCGGACAAGUCCCUGCAACUCAGCCCUGGCUACCGGCCCGUGUUGGCCGUGACGCGGCGAAGUUUGCCCACCGCUGACACCACGCAUGGAACGGUAGCGGUCUCAGAAAACCAGGACAGUAGGUUUCUAUCCGCGGACCCUACAUUCCGAGAGUUACGAAACGGGAGUUUCAAGCAAAACGCCCCCUCGACAUUGGGGCGCCCUCUUCCACCAUGCAACGUUCUGAAGAGUAAAUCUUCCUUGAUGUCUCGGGACACGUCUACCAAAUCGCGUUCCUCUUUCAGUUUCCUUAGCAAAUCAAAAGUUGACCUCAGGACAGGGUUCAUGAGGUCCCUGUCUAGGCCGACUCCGGGCGAGCUGGAUUUGAAGCACCACCGAGACUUGCAAGACAGCAGGAGAAGGGAGAGAGAUGGUGAACCGGACUUGGACAAGCUCAACAUGACAGAGAUCAUGCGAAUGUUGAAGAGCAAGUCCCCCGUCCAGACAGGAACUACUCAAGACACAACUCCGACAAGUGAAGAAUGUCAGAAAUUUACCAACACUCAGGAAAGAGACAGUGAUGAUUACAAUGCUGUUCAAACUGAUUCUGUACAUGGACAGUCACCUAAAACCAAGUUGAAAGCUCCGCUCUUUACGCAUGAGAUUCCUUGUGAGCCACCGCUUGUGUCAAACAAGCACAAGAACAAGGAUCACAAGCUCAGACUUCAAGCACUGUACUCGCAGUACAACAAGUAUGGAUUGGAAGAUGUCAAAUCUCACGAGAUUUCCACGCAGGGUCGGACUUCCAAGGACCACGACAGGAAAGUGGCUGAGCAAAUGGCUCGAAGACCGUCUAGACCAUCAGAGCAUGAGAACCGGAUGCGAGUUAACAUCCUGUCGCUUGAGAGUUUCGGAGAUGAAACUGGCGAAUUUACGGGAGACGUUUAUCAGACCAGUUCGUCAGAGUCGUGCAGUGAACAGAGCAGUUGGUCUGGCUCCGGUGGGGAAAGGUACACGCCGCGUAACGCAGGUGCUCCGCUCUUGCACCCAGACUCCUCACAUGGGGAGCAGGGCAGGCAGUGUCCCCGUUGCAAAGGGGCACAAUCCGGGAAACGAACUCGCUCAACGCGAAGAGUUAGGUACGCGGAGCCGGUUGUGGCACCGAGUCCGGACGGUAAUGGUAGCCGGGGGAUAGCUAGAAUGGCUGGGAGGGACUUAUAUGAUGACCCGGUACAAUACUUCGAUCUGGAACCCCAUCAUUACAAGAUUCCCUUCGCUGAGUACAUCAGCAUCAGCCACCCGAUGAGACCUCCGGCCAACAGCCCCGUCAGCGUUCUCUCCGAGGACGAAGGUGACCACGAUCUUUUGAAUAUGCAUGAGCGUCAAUCUGACCAAUGGUCGUUGAGCUAUCACGCGAAGAGCGCCCCCACUCGAGCGAGCAGCGCCAGCGGCUUUAUCAAGGGCCAGGUCAAAGUUGAAUCGCACGGGUCAAAUAAAGCAACCAUUGACAUUUUCUUACCGCAGAUGACGUAAUUAAUCAGUCAUGUGUUUAGAAUAACAAUUUUAGUAUGAAUACCUUGCCCACACUACAUAUAGCUGACAGUAUUUUAUCAAACCACAGCAUAGUAAACCUUGAGCUACAUCUAAAUGAUAUUUUACGAAAAGUUGACAAUAUGCCCAAGAAGACUCCGUCAACUUUACGAUGUUUUAAUUCCUGUUUUGUGAGAGAGUAAUAUUGCACUUGAUCCCGGAGCCGGAAGGGGGCAUGGGACUAAAGGUAGCGCUUUUUUAUACCAUUUUUGAGUUGAGAGUAAAUAUGAAAAGCUGUCAGAAAGAAUUUCACUAUAAGGGAGGGUCAUUCAUUCCCUCUAUCGACAGCCGGUUCAAGUGCGCCCUCCAUGCCCGUUUUAAACUUUAUUAUCUUUUAAAAACUCUCCACUCUAUAAAUUAUCAAAGCGUACUUUAAAUUGAACACAUUUUAUCAUCAGGAUUAAGAUUCUAGAGAAAAAGAAAUAUAAUAAAAUUAUUUAUAAAAUAACUUUUUAUCUUGUUGUCUUUAUUGUUUUAUAUUCUCCGACCGUUCGUUUUAUCGCACAGUAACGCAAAAUAGCCCUUUCAUUUUCUUUUUCUUUCGUCGUCAGUAACCGAUAACCGACAUUUCCAUAAUGUACAAAGCUUCAUUGUCAGUUAUUGUGACACCAAACGUUUGUUGUGAUGGGAAAACAUUGGAGCGGUGGUCAGCUGUCAACGAUCGGUUGGGCGUUAUCAAAAUUGUUUAAUUCA